AUGGCAAGCUUCGCUUUUGGUCUCCUUACUAAUCUCCCUGUCGCUAUCGCUCCUGGUAUGGGCCUCAACGCCUACUUCACCUUUCAAGUCGUCGGAUACAAUGGAAGUGGUCCCAUCUCGUACUCUCUCGCCCUCACAGCUGUCUUUGUCGAAGGUCUCAUCUUCAUCUUUCUUGCUCUCACAGGUAUGCGCCAGUGGCUCGUCAAGCUGAUCCCCGCCACUAUCAAGACUGCCACGGGUGUUGGUAUCGGCUUCUUCCUCACUGAAAUCGGCCUCUCGUACUCUGCUGGAAUCGGCGCGAUCACUGGUGGAGAUGCCACUCCCCUUGCUCUUGGGGGCUGUCCUAAUGAGAUGCGGGACGAAAAGGGGAUAUGCCAAGAAGGAGUAAUGACGAGCCCCAAGCUCUGGAUCGCAGUUUUCUGCGGCGGUAUUGUCACUUCCUUUCUGAUGGCGUUCCGUGUCAAGUAUGCCCUCAUUAUUGGCAUCAUGAUUGUCUCUAUCACGUCUUGGCCCCGCGGCACUCCCUUCACCUUCUUCCCUGAUGAUGCAGAUGGAGACCACCGAUACGAAUUCUUCAAGCAAGUCGUUGCUUGGCAUCCCAUCGAGAAAACUCUCAACGCACUUGACUGGAACUUUGGUGGCUCAGCCUCCCAUUUUGCCCUCGCUUUGUUCACAUUUCUCUAUGUCGACAUCAUCGAUGCGACUGCCACUCUCUACUCCAUGGUUCGUUUCUGUGGUGUCGUCAACCCUCGCGACGGCGACUUUCCUCGUUCUACUAUUGCAUACUGCACUGAUGCUGCCUUCAUCUCCGUUGGUGCCUUGUUGGGAAGUUCUCCCGUUACCGCUUUCAUCGAGAGCGGUGCAGGUAUUGCCGAGGGUGGAAGAACUGGAUUGACUGCCAUGAUGACUGGUAUGUGCUUCUUCGUGGCCGUUUUCUUUGCGCCCGUCUUUGCAUCUGUCCCACCAUGGGCGACUGGUUGUACAUUGAUUAUGGUCGGUUGCAUGAUGAUUCGACAAAUCACCCAGAUCAACUGGCGUUACAUUGGCGAUGUUCUUCCUUCAUUCGUCGUCAUGACCUUUAUCCCUUUCAGCUACAGCGUAGCUUACGGUCUCAUCGCUGGUGUUUUUGUUUAUGCCGUCCUCAAUGGCCUUAUUGGCAUUGUCGUCUUUGUCUCUCGCGGCUACUUCGAGCCCAGCGAGUACGACCUCAAAGAGUACUGGACCUGGAAAGGCUCUGGUCGUGCGCCUUGGUUCGUCCGCGCCAUCCGACGCCGCGGAAAUCCUGAUGAAGACGACCAACCCUCCGGAUCCGAGCAUGCGAUGACAGACCUCAACUACGCCGAGCGCCGCGACCACAGCAGCUCCACCACAGCUGCAUCCGCUGCCUCUGCCGCAUCUGCUGCCAAAGACGAUCCCCCUAUGUCCCCUCCUCCCGGCGUGUGGGCACGCUAA